AUGUUUUUGAUGGAAAAAAUGGGCCAUAAGCUACAAGGCCUAGAAAAACCUGCAAUAAAAUAUUUUCAGAUGAUGGAAGAGAUGGUACCACGAGUACUUGGAGCAGCCAUAGCAGUAGCAUUCAAGUUCAGUUUUUUUUCCGUAUUUAAAUGCUUCUUGACAAAUUCUGUUAAAAGAAAUUCGUCCGCAGUAGUAGCAUUUCCAACAGCAUUGAAGAAGACUACUGUAUCAGAUAGCAGAAGUAAUGAAGUAGCAUUAAUAAUGACCUAUAAGUGUGUUUAUAAGUGCAGUCAAGAUGACUCUAGUGAACUAUUUUUAAUACCCCCUGCUCAAAUACUGCAUUAA